AUGGCGUACUCAGCUGCCGCUCAAAUCAAGCCAAGUAGAGGCCCUCGCCACUUAAACCUCAUCAUCACCAUCAUCAUCUUCAUCACCGUCCUCGCCGUCCUGCACCUCCUCAUCUUCACCUCCUCAUCUACGUCCCACCCUACAAAAAAAAACACACACACACAACGACAAAACCAGAACGAGGGAUGGACACACCGCCCCAGUCAUGUGAUCACACUGGGUCAUGUGAUCAAACUGAGUCAUGUGAUCACGCUGGGUCAUGUGAUCACGCUGGGUCAUGUGAUCACACUGGGUCAUGUGAUCAAACUGAGUCAUGUGAUCACGCUGGGUCAUGUGAUCACGCUGGGUCAUGUGAUCACACUGGGUCAUGUGAUCACGCUGGGUCAUGUGAUCACGCUGGCUCAUGUGAUCACACUGGGUCAUGUGAUCACACUGGGUCAUGUGAUCACACUGAGUUAUGUGAUCACGCUGGGUCAUGUGAUCACGCUGGGUCAUGUGAUCACACUGGGUCAUGUGAUCACACUUGGUCAUGUGAUCACACUGAGUCAUGUGAUCACGCUGGGUCAUGUGAUCACGCUGGCUCAUGUGAUCACACUGGGUCAUGUGAUCACACUGGGUCAUGUGAUCACACUGAGUCAUGUGAUCACGCUGGGUCAUGUGAUCACGCUGGGUCAUGUGAUCACACUGGGUCAUGUGAUCACGCUGGGUCAUGUGAUCACGCUGGGUCAUGUGAUCACGCUGGGUCAUGUGAUCACGCUGGGUCAUGUGAUCACGCUGGGUCAUGUGAUCACGCUGGGUCAUGUGAUCACGCUGAGUCAUGUGAUCACACUGAGUCAUGUGAUCACGCUGGGUCAUGUGAUCACGCUGGCUCAUGUGAUCACACUGGGUCAUGUGAUCACACUGGGUCAUGUGAUCACACUGAGUCAUGUGAUCACGCUGGGUCAUGUGAUCACGCUGGGUCAUGUGAUCACGCUGGGUCAUGUGAUCACACUGGGUCAUGUGAUCACACUGGGUCAUGUGAUCACACUGAGUCAUGUGAUCACGCUGGGUCAUGUGAUCACGCUGGGUCAUGUGAUCACGCUGGGUCAUGUGAUCACGCUGGGUCAUGUGAUCACGCUGGGUCAUGUGAUCACGCUGGGUCAUGUGAUCACGCUGGGUCAUGUGAUCACGCUGGGUCAUGUGAUCACACUGAGUCAUGUGAUCACACUGGGUCAUGUGAUCACGCUGGGUCAUGUGAUCACGCUGGGUCAUGUGAUCACGCUGGGUCAUGUGAUCACACUGGGUCAUGUGAUCACGCUGGGUCAUGUGAUCAUGCUGGGUCAUGUGAUCACGCUGGGUCAUGUGAUCAUGCUGGGUCAUGUGAUCACGCUGGGUCAUGUGAUCACACUGGGUCAUGUGAUCACGCUGGGUCAUGUGAUCACACACUCCUGGGUCAUGUGA